CGGGGGUCAAUGCCCACUGUAUGUCGAAGGCUGCCAUAGACCAAUUUACUCGCUGCACAGCUCUGGAUCUGGCUAGUAACGGAGUGAGAUGCAACGCAGUAAAUCCCGGUUCCAUAAACACUGAUGCACACAAUCCCAAUGGAUUAAUGAAUGACGAAGCAUUAGCUACGUAUUUCGAGAAACUCUCAACGCUGAUUCCAUUGGGACGAGUUGGUGAGACAGACGACGUUACCAACGCCAUCGUGUUUUUGGUUAGCGACGAUUCGUCGUUCAUGACGGGUGCGACAAUGUCUGUUGACGGAGGCAGAUGCGUCACCACGAUUUAACAUAGGUCACCGGUAUUGACGUUACGACAGA